UCUCAACUUCCACCACCAACCACGAGUCCACGACGAGGAACUUGAUACACUCACGACCAUCAGCAUUCUUGACUCAUGCCGUUCCCUCAAUCUACCAACUUCGGUGGCUCCGGAAGCGGAUCGCCACUCAACCUUAACCCAUCCGUCGGUUCGGAUGGCCCCAGACAGUACGCGGCUGGUUAUAUCUCGACAACCAGCACCGGCCAUCACCACAUGGAUCACAGUCAGAGCAUGAACGCUAUCAGCCAGAAAAACAAUCUGAACGAUCAAGACGACUGGGUCUCAAGUCCUAUCAAUUCUAAUCGGAUCCGCACCGGUACCGGGCCAGGAUCGGCUUCCAAAAGUCCAUACCGCGGCUCAGGUGGCGGAUUAUUUGCCUUCAAAGACUCCACUCCCCUCAAGUCAUCUCGUAAUUCUGGCCUGUUCGGAUCUACAAGCAAGAUGCCCAACUCGAUUAAAUCUAAACGGAUCAGUGAUGCGAUGGAAGAUGACGCUCCACCUAAGGAAAGUCUACUAGAUGAGGAGGCAUCCAAUUCGAAAUCCUCGCGACACGAUCAUUCUGGCCAUCGUUCACUAGCCUCCUCAUUGACCACCCACCUAUCCAACCAAGCCAACAACCAAUCCUCGCAUGUCGACCAAGCUCCACAGACGAGCUCCUCGGUUGGAUACAAGGUACACAUUUUCGGAUUCACGCCCUCGCAACAAUCAUUCGUGAUGGAGCACUUCAGCUCGAUCGGCGAGCUGGUCUGUCCCCCAGAGCUUUCGGCCGAGGGCGGGAACUGGGCGACACUGAGCUAUAAGCACAACACGGCGGCCCAGCGGGCGGUGCGGAAGAACGGCGAGAUCCUCGGGGGGAUCAUCAUGAUCGGCUGCAAGUUUGCCGACAACUCCUGCAGCCUCAACGAUACCUACGACAGUAGGGCAGGAUCCGAACAGCGGAAGCUUGGUAACUCGGCCACCGGCCUAUCUCGGGCUAGUAGCAUGAUCGUCAGUCGUUCUCUCAAGACUUACGCCUCCACCGAAGCCUUCGCAACCCCUACACAAUCCAGCGACAAGGGACUCCUCGGGAUGAUCAGUAAUGCCGGUAAACCCAAUCCGUCGAUCUUCCAGAACCAGACUGAAGACCCGGCUAAGGACCAAGCUAACAGUUCUUAUAUCAAUCGCGCCUUGGAUCUCGUCUUUGGAUGGUAAUCUUUCCCCAGCCCAUCCCUCCCUUUCGUUGUCUACUAUCGGUUUCUUUUUGAUUUUUACUUUGAAUAUUGUAUUCAGAUUAUUUCUUGGGAACAGUAUACCUUUUUUAACAUAAAUCAAUAAUCAAUAAAUGAAUAACCAUUAUUACAUUAUCCUUCCUCAUGGGAACUCGG